CGGCACCGCCCCCCGGAGCCCGUUCCCCUGGCAGCGGGCGCUGCGCGCAGUCGGCCGAUCCCUCCCGCCCGGCGUGUGGCGCCCGGACCGCCGGUGCCGCGCGCCCGCCGCUCCCGGACAUGCGCUAGGCAGGGGCCCCGGCCUCCCGCGGCGGCAUGGCCCGGCCGGUGCAGCUGGCGCCAGGAUCGCUAGCGCUGGUGCUGUGCAGGCUGGAGGCGCCGGAGACGGCGGCGGCGGCGGGCGCGGAGGAGCCUGGCGGACGCGCGGUCUUCCGCGCCUUCCGUCGCGCCAACGCGCGCUGCUUCUGGAACUCGCGGCUGGCGCGCGCCGCCUCGCGGCUGACUUUCCAGGGCUGGCUGCGGCGCGGGGUGCUGCUGGUGCACGCGCCUCCCGCCAGCCUGCAGGUGCUGCGCGACGCCUGGUGCCGUCGGGCGCUGCGCCCCCCGCGCGGCUUCCGCAUCCGGGCGGUGGGUGAUGUCUUCCCCGUACAAAUGAAUCCAAUAGCUCAAUCUCAGUUUGUACCUUUGGCUGAAGUUCUUUGCUGUGCUGUGUCUGAUCUGAAUGCUGCCCAGACCGUGGUGACCCAGGAAUCCCUGUUGGAGCAUUUGAAGCAACACUACCCAGGCAUUGCAAUUCCAUCUCAGGAUAUUCUCUAUACCACCCUGGGAACCCUGAUUAAAGAAAGGAAAAUUUAUCACACUGGAGAGGGAUACUUCAUAGUCACUCCUCAGACUUACUUCAUCACAAAUACAACCCCCCACAAAAAUCACAGAGACCUAUCCGAUGAAAGUCAGCGGCCGGCUUGCAUUACCUAUCUGGUGGGCGUGGCCAGCUGUGCAGAAUCAGCCAAAGAAAACGCUGCCCCCAUUUCCCAUUGUCAGUCUUGCAGGUGUUUCCCUGAUCCCUGCGCUCAGGAUGUAGAGGCAACACCGGAGGCUGCGGAAACGGCUAGAAAAGGCCAGAAAGGUCUUCAGGAAUCCAGACCUUUGGUACGGAAUCGAGCAGUUUCAGUGUCUGGGGAUAUCAUCAGUGAAAGCGCCAAACCGUUACCAGACACAAAAGACAGAGAAAAAGGCAAGAAGUUUGGCUUCAGCCUCUUCUGGCGUAGUAUAUCCAGGAAGGAGAAGUCCAGAACAGAACACAGCAGUUUCUCUGCCCAGUUCCCACCAGAAGAAUGGCCUGUUCGAGAUGAAGAUGACUUGGACAAUAUCCCUCGAGACGUCGAACAUGAGAUUAUCAGAAGAAUUAAUCCCAUUCUGACCGUUGACAACUUAAUCAAACAUACAGUCUUAAUGGAAAAAUACGAAGAACAGAAACAAUAUAAUAGCCAGGGCACUUCCACUGAUAGGUUGACCACGAGGCAUAAAUAUCCUUCAAAAGAGGGAGUUAGGAAAAGGCGGGGCCGGUGUGGGAAGCCUCGAAGGCGGGGCCAUUCUCAGAGGAAGAGGCACAGAGCGGGGAGCCAGGGAAGCGAGCCUCAGCCAGGAAGCAUCAAACAGGAGAAACAUCCCAAGAUCCCUGCUGCACAGCCCAGCCCCAAAAUUAACAGCCCAAAUGAAGCAGGAGUUCAAACACCACCUGCUGAGAAUUUAUCAGUGCUGGGUUCCCAUUUGAUUUACAAGAAGAGAAUCAGUAAUCCUUUCCAGGGCUUCUCUCACCGAGGGAGUCCCAUGACCAAAGUGCACAACACCCAGACCAGUGAUCUGAGACCCCGUCAGGCUGGACCAAAGGGAAAACCUUUCCAAAGGUCAAGGUCUUUGGAUUCCUCAAGAAUCUUGAAGAGUGAAGCCAAGCAGCGUCUUGCUGAACAAUGUGAAGAUAAACUGAUGGCAGAGUCCAUCUGUAUGAGUAACCCGACCGUCAAACCUCUCUGCGAUGACUUCAGAGGUCCCCUCUUAAAUUACACUCAGUGUAGUGUUUUGCAAAAUGGCGGUGAAUGUUGUUCCUUCCGGGAAAGCAUGUUGAGAUAUGAUGUAGACGGUGGAAAAAACGAGGUAAUCCCUGAAGUCUGGAGGAAAAGUUAUUCUCACUUUGACGCAUUAGGUGAGGCCGAAGAAAUACAGCAUGUCUUGCCAUCACAAGGUUCCUCUUUAGGCCAUGCCUCCCCUGCUUGUAGAUUGGUUGAUAAAACAAUACACCAGUUCCAAAAUCUUGGUCUUUUGGAUUACCCAGUUCAUAUGAACUCUUUGAGACAACCUGAGAGUCAAGACAGAGACUUAGAAGAAAUAGCAAUGAGAAAGACAUUUGUCCAGGAAGCAGAGACUGUGGGUCUAGAAGAUGAAGGGCUUUCUGAUGAAAACCAGGCCUUGGAUCAGAAUGAACUAGAAGAUGAUGAUGGUGCCUGUAGUUCAUUAUAUCUAGAUGAGGAGGACUUUUCUGAGAACGACGACUUAGGUCAAAUGCUGCCUGGCCACAUUCAGUGUUCCUUUGCAGGGAGAAGCAAGUGGAAUCAUUUGGGAAGACAAAAAGUGACUGAGAGAUCUCUGACUGAGUACAACAGCAAAAUGCACAGGUCUGAGCCUCAGGUGCUUAAAGGAAAUGAAUGUUACAAGCCCACCGGGUUUUUCACUAACCCAGGUGAAAGCCAAACACCUAAUCUCCCUGCUGAAAGCAGUGGUCUCAGUUUGGGGACUCAGCCCAGUUUUAGCCACGAAGAGGAACACAGCGUUGCUACCUGUGUACAAGUAUCGGCCUCUGCUGAUGGAAGGAUAUUUGGUUACUAUAGCACGAGGAAAGCCGAUUCUGAGACUGAAACCCUGCAAGACCCUGUUAGUGACACAGGAAAGAAACCAGCGAGCUGGAGUCAGAGUGCUCUGAAUCAGGGAAUGAGAAAGCAGUUCACACAAAAGGUAGAACUUUUCAACACUUCCCAUAUGCCAGUGUUGGCUCAGGAUAUCCAACAUGAACACAGUCAUUUGGAAGGAACAGAAAAUCAUAGCAUGGCUGGAGAUAGUGGAAUAGAUUCCCCACGGACACAGAGUCUGGCAUCUAAUAAUUCAGUCGUUUUGGAUGAACUCAAAAGAAGACAGAAUUUUCUGCAGAACUUUGAAGGCACAAAGAACGGUCAAACACGCACAUCCAGUUCCUUACUACAACUAACUCCAGUCAUAAAUGUUUAAUUCUUAUUUUUCUUUUGGAUGAAUAAAAAUGUACAGAUUAAUAUAGAAUAUUUUAAUCUGCUGAGUAUAGAAGAAUUCUGUAAAGCGAAGCAUAGGUGCUAUUAAUCUCAUUACACAUUUUGUUAUAGUUGCUGGGCUCCCCCCCUUUUUUAUGUUUUAAAGCUUUUUUUUAAAGCUUAUUUUAUUAUGAAUUUAUUGAAAAUAUAUAGAAUUUUCCUCAAUUAAAAAACCAUAAAAUCCUUGGUCCUUUUCCAAUUAAAUGUAAUUAACUCAAAUUUUCAGACAUUCAUUAGUUUCUCAAAUACAUAGGGUGAUAAUUUACUAUACCUUGUAGUGAAUUUUUCUACCCAUACUAAUAGUGAGUUCUUAGGUUAAGGUUCUCACAAGAUUUCAGCACAGAAAUCCAGAAAAUAGUGUGUUAGGGUUAUAUAGAUUCUUUGUUUAUAACUAAUGUCUUUUAUUAUUAUCAGAAAGUAUUUAUAUAGAUGUUUUGGGUACUCUGCAACAAGAAUUUUUUCUAUCCAAUCAUUGCCACCAAGGAUCUUCUCUGCAACCACCUUGAACAUGAACAGCUGGCCCCAAAUUAUAUUUACUGGCAGCAUCUGGGUCUAUUUUUCUGGUUCCUCCUCACAUUUGAGGCACUCUCUAUAGCAUGGCGAUGAGAAGUCAGGGUGUUCUCAGAUUGGUGGAGAUAGAAAGGAAGGAGAAUGGUUGCAGAAUGGUUUGUGAGAGGAGGUUCUAAAUCAAAGAUUUAUAGAAAAGAUGGAAGAGGAUGAUAGUUUAUUUACACUUGAUCUAUUUCCACUAAGACUUAGAUAGCUUUGCUAGAAUUUUUUCUGGCUGGCCUUUUUAGACCAAGUAGUGGAAUGGUCAGUUCUCUUGGGUCUGAGGAACAGAGAGCAGUCAAGACUGGUUUCAGCAUAUUGGAUAGACGCUAAUGCUGACUUAUGGAUGAGGGGGUUUCUUCUAAGAGGUUUCUAAGGAUUGUCAGGGCCUUAGAUCUCAAGCAUGAUUGAAUAAUUGGAGUGCGCCUCUUUUAAUUCUCACCAUCCUGGUAACAGUGAAGGCAAGUUGAAGCUUAGCACCGUGAAGAGCUGCCUCCAGGGGCUGGGUGUUGGUGGGGGAGGGGGUGCGGGGGAGGGUGUUGCAGAGGAGGGGAGAUCAGAUACACUGCUGGGUUUUUCAGUGGUUUGGCCCACUCGCUCCUGACUGUUGACUUUUAGUGGCUCUGCACAACCUACCAUGGCAUCC